AUGACGUAUCUACACUCUUCACAAAACUUCGUCCGCGCGCUCAAGGCGCCAAAUGACCCACCCAACCCUGAAAGCCUAGAGAAAAUCGAUAUUGCACGCGAAGUGUGGGAUAACUCGGCCAUCAAUACCCAAAAUAAGGCCGAGGCAAUUGUCGAGUUCAUCUUGACCCGUCUACUAAAAGAGAAGGGGAAAACAGCGGAUGGCCCCGUCACCGACAGAAGAUACUGGGAACUACUCUCAUCUGUACUGAGCAUACUCCUGCAGUCUGGUCCGUCUGCUACAUCGACAAAAACAUGGCUUCUCCCGCUUCUCAAUCGAAUACCUCUUGUCCCGAUAUGCGCCUCUCUGCUGGAGAGAGCUAGCAAGAUGGACUCGGGAUCCGCAACUACACUCUUGGACGUUUCUGCUCAGGCGAUAUGUGCGUUGUGGCCACUCGCAUCACCGAAGUUCACAGUAGACAUACUCCUCGACUGCUUCGGUGCACUACUCUCUACUGCCGCACGUCUCCCAAACGACUCCGUUGGACUUACCCAAAUCGGGGCCGGACUCAACGCAUCCCUGUUAGAAGCAUUUCACCACUCGUACAAUAAGAGGAAGGUGUACCAAAUGUUUAUGCAAGCUCACCUCCAGCAAUGGGUAGUUUGCAUUGCCUGUUCUGAAGAAGAGUCCGGAUAUGCCCUGCUUGCCGAGAUAUAUCGUACCGGGCAAGAGAUACUAUUCAACGUGGAGACUAUCAAACACCUGUCUGACCCAUCCGCUCUCGAGGCCCUCUUCGCAUCAUUAGCAAUGAGCGAGGCCUCGUUGAAGGCCUUGUCGAAGCUGCUACUGUCCUUCAUAGCGGCCUCGCGCAAGAACCGAGCCUUAUUUGGACAGAACGCCUCUUCUGCCUCGACGGCAGCUCGUGCAGCUGCCAUGCUAUUCUAUGCCCAGUGCGCUGAGUACUUGCGCAGCGCGACGAACGAACUCUCCGAAGUUGCAUGGAUCUCGAGACUCGCUCUGUUGCGGGUUAUCGAGAGGGAGUCCUUGCUGGGAUUUGGACAAGCUGACGGGCAGCAGUCAAUCCGGAAGGAGGUCGGCCUGUACAUUGAUACGCUUCCGCUUGAUGGUAUUGCGAAUGAAGAUUCGGCACUCAUUAUCGAAGCUCUGUCUGUCGUGUCGCGUAUAGAUCACGACUUGCUCGAAUCUCAAUUGCCUAAGCUCCUCGCGCGUCUACUCGUCAUUCCGCAACGACCGGAUUCCGGGGCAUCCCCUGCGCUCGAGCUCUUGACUCUUUGCAUCUCUCAUCACUCCCGAGCGCGCUCAUUGCCGAACUUCUUGGGACAUGUACAGGACAUCUUCACAUCAUUGGCCUCUCAUCAAGGCUCCAUCCGCGGACUGUAUCAACGCGCCGCCAGUUCUCCCCUACUUGCACAAGACUUCACUUCCGCCCUUGCGAAAGCCGUACAGACAUUUGUCACACCUGGACAAGUGCUUCCAAUCGCACAAGACAUAGUAACCUCUCUUGAACGCGCGUAUGAGACCUUUACUGCGCUCGCUGCCCGGACCAUCGGAGAUACCGGCGUCGGCCCAAGAAAGAAGGCCAGGAGAUCGCAUCCAUCCACAAUCGACUCCACGACUCUGGACACUACUUGCAGCGACGCCGCCGCCGUCUCGUUCACCUUUCUGGCCAGGAUCGCGGCAGCUGUUCUUCCCAUAUUGCCGAUCCACACAUUGACGUCCAAAGUGCAAGAGGAUGUCAGAACAUGUAUACAGCAGGCCGAGUUCGUCAAGGAGCUCUUAGGUACCGGAGCGCAGGAUGAGCAUGACCGAAGAACGGAUACCUGGGCCGCGGAUAUAGUACUGGCUGCUGCGCUUCGUCUGUCGUAUGCCUUGCAGGCCGCCCCUCGGCUGCAAUUCACCGCGCUGCAAUCUGCGCAUCAACGAUGCAUUAUUAAGGUGCAUCAACGUUCGAGCAUUCUUCCUGAACUAUUCCUCGAAACGACCCGCUAUCUCUUGAAGACUGCCGUCGUCUCCGAAGACUGUGACGAGCGUCUGGUCGUUUUUGACAGUGUGCUCGUUCAUUUGGAGCACCAUCUCAAAAUGCCGCAAGCCUGGAAUGGUCGCUCGGCUGAGUUCGCACGUGGUGAUGAUGGCGCGUCUCAGGCGGCCAUCGGGCUAUUGAGACUGUUGUUGUUCCGCUUCAUCCACGUUCUCGAUGCUGUUGCGUCCCAGGCUCAACUAGAUCGACUCGUGGAACUACUCUUGAAAGCGGUUGCAUCUGCCUGUACAACGGGUAGUGCUCUAACACCCGCCAAGGUAGCAAAGGACUGUCUACGCUCGGCACAGCUAUGGGAGCGACGUCGCCUGAGAACGUCGUUACUCUCGUCCAUUACGGCCAAACUACAGGGCAUUGACGCCAUCAGCCUCGAAACUAUAGCUGACGCAGCUCCUCAUUCGUUGUCUACAUCAUCGAUCGGGCUGGACUCCGGCAUGUUGGAACACGUCCUGGGAGCCUUCUACAUGCUCUUGUACUGCCCUGCGGAAUACAUCUCGAAGUCGUCGAGAACGGAUAUUCUUCGGCGCGCAGUGACCCUCGACAUGGUCGUCACCGCGGUUAAGCCUGACGACGAGGGCGUUGCUCGCACACCGAAGGUUGUUAGGAUAUUGUUAAGGCGCGUCUUUGAUGCGGUUGGAUCGGCAGAUCAUCAGUACACGCAGGCAUAUCUGGAGCAUCUUGCGCGAUCGGUAGGGGCCGGCGGUGCGGACGACAAGACAACGCUCACGAUCAUCGAGGCUCACGCUCGCGCUGUCUUUCGAAUGGCGCAACGGGACUCUAUCGAUGCUGCCUCGCGAUAUAUCGCGAAUCUGCUUCCCCCACGAGCUACGCAAUCGUCUCCAGAUGUGGAUGGCAGACUGGACACGCUGAGAGAAGGGCUGAUGUCGGUUCUAGUCGCCGAUUUCCCCGUCGAAGGGUUACCUGGGGAGUUGAUAGCUGCACUAUGCACGUUCCAAGAGCACGUCGUAAGCCGGAUCGCAAGUUUGACUGGCACGGAUGGAACGUCACGGCACGAGAGGUCUGUCGCUUUGGCGGCCGCUUGUCUACGUUUCAGUGCAUGGUUGGGCCUGGAGGUUAAUACAAUGCCUCUCAAGGCCUCCGACCUCGUACAGGCACUCGCUUCAGACAUGGACCCUGCUCGAAAAUCGUCGCAGACCAAGGCGGUCUUUGGCCUCUUGAUAGCCGAAUUCGAAUGCAAAACUGGUGCACGAGAAGAUCGACUGGCUGAGAUGCUUGCUUCCUACGUAGCUCUCUCUCUGGCCAGCGUCUCCUCUGACCAAAAAGCUCUUGACGAGCUAUUGCUUUGGGCGGCGCGGCGUCUCGCCGUCGAAGAGUUCGUUCUGUCACUAAAUCUAGUUGCAGAGAUACUCUGCGAAGAAGAUGACCCGAACCGUCUGUGUUAUGCCAUUCGCCUAGCUUCUGUCUUGCUGCGCGGAGCGCCAGAAGGCACGCUCAGGACAACACAGGCUUUUUUCACCCGUGCUCUCUGCACGUUUGUGAACUAUCCAUACUAUACUGCAAAUCGUAUGCUACGUGUGCAGGCUUUGGGUUUUAUCGAUGAGCAGUGCUGCGCGAAACCUGCUUCAUUACGGCCGAUUAAUCUCACGACAAUGUGGCCACUGCUCGCGCGGAUCUUGACAGGCGCUACUACUCGAGACGGACAUACUACCUCAACAGUUUUCCACAAGAUUGUGUCUAUCGUCGGGGCGCUUGUCCGCCUACGGCGCGAUCUGAUCGUCAAUGCGCUACCUCAUCUCUGCGUUGUCUUACGCAUGCUAGUAUUCAGCUUGCGUGAGCCGCGUCCCAACCUAGGCGAAAGGCAACGCCGAACAGUGGCGGAUUCGCUGCCGGCCUGGGUGGACCUCGAUCACCCGCUCGGUCGCGAGGAGGGCAGAGCAUUGGCCCGCCUGAUGACCACGCUCAUUACGAAAACCGUUGUGCGCGUACACGCCAAUCCCUCUGAGCUGCAGAAGGCAGAGUCGCUCGCUCGGCCGUUAUCCAAGCACGUCGCGUAUGUUAUCCAGGCAUAUGUGGAGACUGUCAACGAUGCGCUUUGCAUCCUAUCCUUAGGUGUCCGCCAAGAACUGAUGCCUGGACUCUUCGUCCUGUGCGGUAUACUGAACGAGCAUGACCGUGAUGCGCUCAUGGCGUCGGGUCUCGACGCUGCCGGAAAGGCUACGCUCAAGGCGCUAUGGAGGGACUAUGAGAAGCAGCGUUACAUGGGCAAAGGUUGA